AACUUGUUUUUUGAUCAUUGUUUCCCCCCAACUUCUCCCUCCUUGGCAGAAAAAAAGGACCCAAAGAGGAGGGAGAUUGGGAGACCGAGAGCAGCCAAAUUAAAGAGGGAGGGAAGAGGAGCUCACAGCCAUGUUUGAGGAAUUUGAAGAAAACAUACUAUUUAACGAUGUCCAAAUUAAAAUUGAUGCAUAGGACAGGUCACAUGUUGAAUGUUUGCGGAGCGCCACAGUAAGGAAUUUGCUGAGGGUAUGGAUGGUACAGUGGAGCUGUGGUAGGUUCUGGUCUUGCAUCCGGGUGGUGUUGACUUGUGGACUGAAGAUGCGAGUCAGUGCGUGGCUUCUCUGUGUGUCCUCGCUCUACACCUGGGCAGAGUUUUCACAAAGUUGCACGUGCCAAGACAUCUGUGCAACAGAGCCAGGAUUGGACAAGAGGUCAAAGACUCGGGUCAAGGAGCACGUUCGUCACAGUGUUGGACACCAGCGCGCGUUUCACAGGAGCAGGCCACACCGCAGGAAAGGUUCCAGAGUUCAUGCAGAGGAAACGCCACCCCGUGUCGUCCACCACCCCUCUGAUGUGGUGGUGAAAGUUGGGGAUCCCGCCACGCUCUCCUGCCGGGUGGAUGGCAACCCGAAGCCAACCAUCGAGUGGCUGCGCAAUGGUCAGCCCCUAGAUACAGCAAAUGGAGAUGGGCAGUGGCAGCCCAUGGUUUUGUCAGAGGGUAGCCUCUUCUUCUUGAGUGUUGGAGGGGGCAGGCGAGGUCAGUCACAUGAGGGUGUCUACACCUGCGUGGCCAGGAACAGUGCGGGGACUGCGACCAGUCGUAAUGCAUCACUUUAUAUUGCAGUGCUGCAGGAGGAGUUCACUGUGCAGCCCAGUGAUGUGGAGGUGGCAGAGGGCGAGGUGGCUAUCUUAAACUGUGGCCCUCCAAUGGGACACCCUGAACCUAACAUCAUCUGGAAGAAUAAUGGCCUGCCCAUCAACACCAGUAACCACCACUACACUUUGCUGAGUGGGAAGCUUAUCAUUGCUCCUGCAGAGAAGAACCACUCUGGUGCUUAUGUGUGUGUGGCCAGCAACACUGUGGGAGUGAGAGAGAGCAGGGCGGCUCGACUCUCUGUUCUGGGCAAGCCUGUUCUGGUGCUGAAGCCAGAGAAUGUGUCGGUGAGACUGGGGGAGUCUGCUCAGUUCUACUGCCAAGCUAAAGGUGACCCUCCACCUUCUGUGGUCUGGAGCAGAGAGCAAGGGCCACUGCCCAACGGCAGGUAUCUUGUAAACCCAGACCAGACUCUCCAGAUCCAUUAUGUGACAGCCCAAGAUGCUGGGAAGUACACCUGCACUGCUGUCAAUGAUGCAGGUGUUGUCACUGCCAGCGCACAGCUACGUGUUGAAGAGGCUGCCAGCACUCAACAGAAAGACCUUCACAAAGAGCUGUCAGCCCUGCGAGUGGCUCUAGAAAAUGUCACCAUCAUGGCCCCUGGGUCCAACAUAUCCCAAGUACAAUGGAAGCUCCAGUUCCUCCCAUCUCAGCCACAUUACCUUGAUGGCUUUGAGGUUCUCUGUCGCUCUCUGCUGCCAGCCAGCUCAGACUGGGUGGCAAAGAAGGUGACACUGCCCAAUUUCCAGACUCAAGUGGGCCCUUUGAAGAGAGGCUACAAGUAUGAGUUCAAGGUUCGUCCCUAUGGCAGCAACUUGUAUGGAAGGGAGAGCAACACCCGGCACCUCAGAGUUCCAGAGACAGUUCCCAGUGCCUCUCCACUAGCUGUGUCCAUAACAGUGAGCCAUGAGCAGAAUAACACCAUCCACCUGAGCUGGGAGCCUCCUCCUCAUGAAACUCACAAUGGUAUCAUCCAGGGAUACCAGGUGUGGUGUGUGGAGUCUGAGCAGCAGCAGUACCAGAAUUGGACGGUAAACAGUGACCAACACAGCCUUGAUAUAUCAACGCUCAAACCAGGGAAACGAUACUGGCUCACCAUAGCAGCUGUCAACGGAGCUGGAGUAGGAAUGCUGAGUGACCCUCAUGGAUUUGUCAUCAACCCACAGAUGGGUGGUCCCCCUGAGUCAGACAGCCAAAGACGGGAUCUGUCACAGGUCUUGGCCCUGUUUCAGGACCCAGUGUUGAUCGGCAGCAUUGGUGCACUCCUGUGGUGUAUUCUGAUGAUUGCAGUUGUCUACCUCUUCAGACGCCACAGCAAGACAGGUCACCUGAUACCAGGACAUGGAAGGGCAAAAGGUUUGCGUAGACUGGCGAAUGAAGAUCUCAUUAUUAAACACAGAAUGGCAGCUCCAGACUCCCCAUGGAUUUCUGGAGGCUGGAGACCUGCCUUCAGCCAGAAAUAUCAGGACUUAUGGGCCCAAGGUCAGAAACAUCCAGGGAUCAGGAGCACCAGCCUCCCAGUCUCAUCCAAGAAGGACUCCAGCUGCCUGGACUCAGCUGUCCCCAUUGUGACCGACAGCUGCGGUGUCUAUGGCACUUUUUAUGUGGACCUGAUGGCCAAUGGCCUGAAGACCUUUAAUAGCCCUGGACGUCGCCCUAAAAUGCCCCACGGUCUGCCGCAUCAGCAAGGAGCUGAGACCAUUCAGAUAUUCACCCAGCCUGUCGCAAAGACUGCACCCAUCGGAAGCCACGAGGUGCUGCCAUGGAAACAGGUUAUACGCCCCCAGCCUAAGAUGGGUGUACUGAGGGAGUCAUGGGAAAAAAACCAGAGCAAGCAAGAGUUGCACGCAGUGAACAGUGUCCCCAUAGUGCCAACCAGAAACCAGGCUUGCCCAUCCAGUGUCUACAAACAGAGACUCAGUCACGUACCAUCAGGCCGACAUGGUGGACAUACAGAGUGUGGUAAAGUUGCUGGCUGUCCUCGUCUGCUCCAUUACUCUGCAUCAGUACACCUACUGGACAUGCUCCCACCACCACCACCGAUACCCACGGACAACGCCAUGGACACACACAGUCUGACCUCAGAUGAAGGCUCCAGUCGUUCCACAAAGUUUACAAUGGACAUGGGUUCUCUCCCUUCGGUGUGUGCUGCAUCAGGCCACCAUGAGCAAUCAGGAUCCACCAAGAACAACAACCACUGCCCGUCCUACAGCCACCUGUCCACUGCGUCAUAUUCCAUGUCACUGGAUGAAGAAGAUGAUGGCACACUGACAGCUCAGGAAGCCACCCAGUAUCUUGAGCUCAGCCCUAAACCUGACAGAUUGAGCGCCCUGCCUGAGCAGCGUCCCUCCCUGCCUCAUCCUUUCUCCUCCAACCUGGGCUACAUCUGCAGGCCAGUAUGCUCCAUUCAGCUGGAGGAUGACCCUGCCUCUGAGGAGCCCGAAGCUCCACCAAUUGGCUUGCGACGUGCCCGCCUUCAGAGCACACCUUCCUCCUGCUACAGCGAAUGGGACAGCUCACUGUGGAACACCUGGAGCUCUGUCACGGAUGACAACAUGGCUAGCACCCGCACCAGCCUCAUUAGCUCUGUGGACAGCUGUUACACCACUGACAGCACCAACUUUGCCCGAUUGUUGGCUGUGGCAGCAGAGACCAUGAGUGCAGCCUCUUUGUCAGACUUCUCUCCACCGGCCUCCCCCCUCAGUGCCUUGUAUCCACCAUUUCGUGCAGAAGGCGACUCGUUCGGGGAACUGGAGCCUGUUCCUGCGUGGGACUGGAGCAUGGCCUGGGUGGAGGAAAUGGAGGCUAAGUACAGAGCCCACUAUCCUGACAGAAACACCAAACCCUUCAAUGCUUAAGAACUCACUAGGAUACUGACAGACAUAACCACACAACUACACAACUGAAUUGUGAGUGCUUCAGAAACAGCUCACAGCAAUGCCGGAAGUGCAAGACAAGGCGAGGGGUCAGACACGAUGCUGCGUGAUUUACUACCUACCUAUGAAACUGCUGGAAACAGUUGAUUUACCAGACAUGAACAGAAAUAUCUGGAUUUGAAAUAUAAUUGGUUAACUCCUUGAUGUUUGGGACACCUUUGCUAUGAGAUGUACAUCUGCUGUUAUUUUUCUGUAAUACUUUUCCCAGUUUACCUCAGGGAAGUCCAGCUACAAUUUUGCAUCCCUUAAAUAACUUUCAUUGAGUUGCUCAAGUUUUUUUUCCCUCUCAUUAGAGAAGCAGAUAAUGAGAUACUUUCCUCUGGAUGCUGAUGUUUUUUGAAAAGGCCAGAAAGACACAAAAGCAGAAUCCAAGACAGUGAGAAAGCAUUGGAUCAUUAGGCAAAAGAAUUACAGUACUGGAGUUUUCCUCACAGCACAUGUUUGUUUCUUAUUUUCAUGUAUUCGCUGCAGGAUUUUGUUAAGGCUGAGGUCCUACCAGACUGUAGCACAGUGAUUUUGUACAGACUGAUUUAAUGAUCAAGUGUAAAUAUGCAGCAUAUUGAACAGAUGUUAUUUAAAUAAUUUUAAACACAUUCCAUAUCAUAUACUGCCUUCCCAUUUCCUUUGGUGAUUUAAUUUACAUUCUGGGAAUUCUUUUUAUAUUAUAAGAUUAUUUUAGUCUCUAUGCACCUGAUCCACUUUUUAAUGUUACACAAAGUUUGCAACAAAACGCAGUGUAGUUCACCAUAGGAAAAGUAGAAAAUGUUAUUUUUAGAGGCAUUUUGUUCACAUUUGUAAGAACUAACUUAGGGUUAUACCUUUAAAUAACUUUAAUUUUAGGAAGAAUAUGAGAGAAAAUAUUUUAAAUACGCUGUAUGCAUAGCUUAGUCUUUGCAUGCUUGCUGAUUUAUAUAGAAGUUCACUAAUGGUAGUAGUUUUUCAUUUUUUAAGUAAUAAGAAAAUAAUUUUUUGUACACAUUAUUUUACAAUUGUGUUUUAUAAUUUUGAAUAAAAUCUUUGUAUUGACUGAAAUCAGUUUUACAUUUGGGAAGGACCUCACAGUUGGAAUGUGUUCUAGCUGAGCAGUGAAAUAAAAGCCCUUGUCAUGUU